AUGCUUAGGACCUCCAGGAUCAAGUUUUGUGCUGUAGCCUCUUCAAAGCCGGCCGCACGUUGCGGAGUAGCAUACUAUGCUGAUGCGGCUUGGGAAGGGCUUCGUCAUGUAUAUCAUGGGUUUCGACUUUUUUUUAUGAAUACAAGGUUGGCUUGGAAGUAUUCUCGUCAACUUAAGGCGGGAGUUGCCCUUACCCGUCGGGAGCGGUUGCUUUUGGAGAGUGCUACAAAGGAUCUCGUUCGACUUGUUCCUUUUAGUUUCUUUAUAUUGGUCCCGUUUGCUGAGCUUUUGCUUCCCGUUGCACUGAAAAUGUUCCCAGGUUUGAUUCCUUCGACUUUUGAAACAAAAAGUCAGGGUCGUAGCCGAGCCUUUUCCGCUGCCAUUGGAACACUGCGUGCACGACAGCGGGUAAUGGAGUAUUUAUCUACCACUGCAUUUGUUAGUUUCACCAAGGAACAACAAGAGACAGUGCGUUGUUGCGCAUUGGGGGAGUCAGUGAAUAUUUCUCAGAUAAGACUGAUAGCUUCUCACUUUGGUCGUGAUGGACCAUUAAGUGUAUACAACUGUCCUGACAGUGUUGCACUGGGACUAGCACGAACAGUUGGUGUAUUUAAAACGUAUCACGGAUUUUUUCCAGCCAAAAUAAUGGCACCUUACAUGCGUCGAAAGAUCAUACGUCAUUAUCACAGUACUCGUGAAGACGAUCGAUUGCUUCGGCUGGAAGGGCUUGAUGAUUUAACCGAUGAGGAGUUGAUAAAGGCUAACCUUGUCCGGGGAAUGCGUUGGACGGAAGAUGCCGAAACGCUCCGUAUUCAGCUGGAAUGGUGGGUUUCACUUUCUCGGGACGCCGAGGUGCCAUACAACACAUUGUUUUGGGUUAAACCCACCCGUUACAGUUUGAAAGCAUCCAUGAAGCGGUUACCUCUUGAGCAGCGUCAACAGCUGUUAGGUAUUCAGUAUCUCCCUGACACUGUUCGUGGAAAUAUGGAGACACUCUGUGAGACUAUUGAUACUGUUCCUAAUUUAGGGGAUGAUCUUAGCGAUGCCGAUCGCAUUGUGGAAAAGUUGGCGGAUCUAAAUGCCAAGACAAAAAGCAGCGAUCAGGAUAUAUCCUUUCACGGCACUCAGGUGUCCAUUGGUGAAUAUUUGACAGAGGCAAAUGUUAAGAUGAUGUUUGAGCGCAUUCGCAAAGGUAAGACUGCGAAUGAGAGCGUAACCGUGUCAGAUGUCAUAGAUUUCAUAGGAAGUGAGACACACAAUUCAUCUCAUACAGUCUCUACUGUUUUUGACGCUUUUGAUCAGGGUCAAGGAACCAAACCCAUUUCAGAGGCCACUUUGGUUUCUAUUGGGGCUCGAUGUAGAGGGGCAUCAAAGUCUAGCACUCACGACUCACUUAAAAAGCUACCUGUGACGUCGUUCUCUGAUGAAGCAAAAGAAAAUUAA